UUAUAGCGCCAUGAUCAGGUAGAAGUGGUAAGGUGGAAAGAGAGCGUGAGUUAAAAACUUACCUCACCGAAUCAAGCUAAGUUAAAAUUUCUGCUUUAUCGCUUUAUCUUAUUUUUACAAUUUAUUACAAAAAUCUAUAUUCUUGAAAAAGAUUAUAAUCGAAGUUUCUAUUUUAUCAGUGUUACAAAAAUCUACAUUCAAACUAGCUUUUCCAUUUGAUUUACACUCAAAUAAGUAUUAAAUUGAAAUUAAUGUUUUAGUUAAAAAUACCAUAUAUUCGUAUACCUUCAAGUUUCACCCCCGGAAAAGCACACUCCCCUCUCUGAGUCGUCUCCCACUCUCAGUCCCCUCUCCAUAUCUAUCCAUCUCUUCUGGAAGCUUAGAAGCAAGUGUAGUUCCAAAAUCAAUCUGGGAAAGCAGGGAGUUAGUGAGAGAGGAGGAGCUUUUUCUUUGAAAACUUAAAAAGAGUAAAAAGCAAAUGCCACCCCACGCCAGAGAAAUGCGUCCAACCCCCAAUGGCGACCACCACCGCCGUCACGGCCUCUCCGCCGCACCACCUCUCGCUUACUACCCUCGCUCUUCCUCUUCUUCUGCCUCUUUCAAAGGCUGCUGUUGCUGCCUCUUCCUUCUCUCUUCCUUCUUACUCCUUCUCGUCCUAGCUGUUUUUCUCAUAAUAUUCCUCGCUGUUAAACCCGAGAAACCCCAGUUCGAUCUCCAACAAGUAGGGGUUCAAUACAUGGGUAUCUCCACUUCUAAUCCUUCCUCCUUGGACGGCACUGGCACCGCUGUCUCGCCUUCCCCAACAACCGCUUCUUUGUCCUUAACUAUCCACUUGCUUUUCACUGCGGUGAAUCCCAAUAAGGUCGGCAUCAAAUACGGCGAGUCUAGGUUCACCGUUAUGUACCGUGGGAUUCCUUUGGGAAAAGCUUCCGUCCCUGGGUUUUACCAAGAAGCUCACAGCACCCGGAAUGUGGAAGCUACCAUCGCCGUUGAUCGAGCUAACUUAAUGCAAGCUGAUGCAGCUGAUUUAAUCAGAGAUGCUUCACUUAGUGACCGUGUUCAGCUUAGAGUUUUGGGUGAUGUUGGCGCUAAGAUCCGCGUCUUGGACUUCGAUUCUCCUGGCGUUCAGGUAUCGGUGGAUUGUGCAAUAGUGAUCAGUCCAAGGAAGCAGUCUAUCACCGACAAGCAAUGUGGAUUCGAUGGAUUGAGUGUUUAAAGUUCAAACUCACAUUGCCUAAUAAAAUCUUAUUGGUGAAAGGUAUUCUCCUCCUUUUUGCUUAUUCUCUCUAUUAUUCUGUGUCCCCAAAUGGGAUCGUGAAAGAAUUUGGAAUAAAAAAAAAAAAGGGAAAGAAAAGGCAAAAGAGGGGGGUAAAAUUCAGGGGAAGGAAGAAAGAGAAGUGGAUGGAUGGAGUGUAUUAUUAUUAUUAUUAUAUAAAAAAGUAAAGCGUUGGGAAAAGACAAGACGAUGAUAAGAAGAUUGUAAAUUGUUGGUCGGUUUCCCCCCAAGCCCAAGAUUCAAUUUUUUGGAGUGGCAUUGUAAAAUUAGUAGCAUGUGUAAUGCUGCCAAAUUAUCGUUGUGCUUGUGCAGUGGAUGGUGCCUCUCAGCCAUAAUGGCAGAUGGGCCUUCUUGUAAACCACGCGCGAUUUUGUUUGUGCCUUCGCCCCCUUGGAUCUAAAAAUUCAUCUCUGCCCAAUCAAUGUGUUGUUCUGCUUUUUACUUCAUUGCUAAAAUAAUUGUUGUUUUUUUCCACUUAUCAUAUUCACACCUGAUCUUUUAGCCGAAGGAAUUUAUAGUUAUUCCAUUGUUUUUUUUAUCCA